UCACCACUCAGAAACUAUCAAUCAAUGCAGUCUGUUGCAUAUCUAUCGAUAUUCGCUGAAGAUGCACAGCUUCUCACCUAUUUCCUGAAUGACAGCGCACAAAAGUUCUAUUACAUCCCCGACGGUCUCGUGAGCUUUUGCUCGCUGCGAUACGACACAAUGUUGCUGACGACCUUCUUGGGAUACUACAUUGCAUCCGUUCUUGGGUGCUUGCUGAUGAUCUUCAACGCAAUUUAUGUGGCAGUGGGAUUUGCGCGAGGAAAGCACAAGCAUAUUUGGCCAAUCAGCACCUUGAGGCUAUUUGCAAGUACCCUGCCCACGAUUCUUUAUUCCACCAUCCUCAAGAUUCUCCUCAGCUCCCUCAGUUGCUCAGACACGGUGGCAAUCGAUCCGGCCACUGGCAACCCGCUUGGCUUCAGCCAGCUUCGAUCGGAUCAAAUUUGGUGCUACAGCGUCGGGAAUGUCCUCACCAGCAUCAUCUCGAUUCUGAUGAUGCUGUCGUUCAUCCCCAUCUCUUGGGUAACAGUGACAGUCUACCUUGACAUGAACCCAAUCCCGAAGGCAAACAGAAACAAAUCACAUGCUCGCUUUGAUAUCAUCUACACCACUACCAAGACUGUCCUGACCAUUAUACAGCGGACGUCGACCAGCGCCUUUGUCAACGUCAUUUGCUCGACAGUACUCCUGGCAUUCAUAUUUGCCAACUUUGUCCGAUUUUUCCCGUUUUACAACAAGAACCUCAAUAUGCUCCGAGCGGCAAUGUUUUCAGUUGCGACCUUUGCUGGUGCUUUGAGCAGCUCGGCAGCGAUAGCUUCUUUUGCUGGAGGGAUAAAUCCGCCAUCGUACUACUGGAUCAUCAUAUUGUUGUCCGCCAUUCCAUCCGCCAUUACAGGUGGAUACUUGGCAGGGAGAUACAUCAAUCAGAUCCAGAAGAAAGCGACUGCAGAAAUAAUGAAAAUAUCCAGCAGUGAUCUCGACAGUGAUCCAGAUAAAGGAAGCCGGGUUUUUAGAAGCUGGUCGCACGUCGAGAUAUGUGCUCGGUUUGUCACCGAGAAGCUGAAUACUCGAAAGCGAUUCAUUGCCCCCGAGUGCCUUGGAGAAAUGAAGCAAAUAUUCAAGCGUGGCAUCCGGGAAUAUCCUUACCACACCCAGAUACGACUGCAAUAUGCGUCCUAUAUGUUUUACCUCACCAACUCUCAAGAAGAUACGGUCCGCUACUUAAAAACGACGAUGGGACUUCGCCCGCCAUUCGACGUUGCCUUUCAGAUUCACUUACUUCACAAAAUAACUCGACAGGUCGCCGAAUGCGAGUUCCUGGGGUCCAAUGUCAAGCUCAACGUCACCGAGUUUAUUGAGUUUCAACAGCUGGACCAGGAGUCGAAGAAGAAUCAUGGGCGUGCUCUCAUGUCAGCACACCAUCUUUGGAAUGCCAUCAAAGCAACGCGACCCGACAUGACCGAGCUGGAAGCUGUUUCUAUAGCGCUGCAUCAAGCCGCAAGUCGAGCGGAUGCAUCAUAUAUCGCUCUGAUAUCGCGAUUCUCUCGCAGUCAGUAUUACCUUCAACUCUACGCCAAGUUUUGCUUCUAUAUCUGCAACGAUGCCCUGAAAUCUUCCGCGCUCUUGAACAAGGCCAAGUAUCUGAAGGAGCAGUCGGAGCAGUAUGGCGACGAUGACGGUAUAACCGAGGAGAUAGAGAGCGGCCUCUCUUCCAAUCUCCUGCCCAUGGCUAAGCCGACGAUAGAAAUCCAGAACGUAGACGAGGACAAAUCCGAUACGGAGCAAAAGGAUGAUACGGGCGAAGAAGCACCGACCGCAAAUGCACAUACUAUUAAACAGCCCAAGAAGAUCUCCGACAGCGACCUGCGCGAAAUCUUCCAGCUGCGCAUGGCUAAGAACAUAUCUGUACUACGAGCGAUAGCAUCGCUUAGCGGCAUUGCAAGUCUGGUUUUUUUGGUGGCGAACUAUUUCAUUUCGUCUCAGCUCUUCCAAAACUCGGACAAUGUCCACGUCAUGAUCAAGAGUUUGGGGGACAUAGAGUAUUAUGCAGUUCAAGGGGCUGUCUACGCCAGGCAAAUUGACUUUUCCUACGAGCAAGCCAACAACCGUUCCUUUUUGAAAACACAAAGUGCCUUGCUCUCAAACUCACUCGCCUUCCAGCAAGCCCUAUACGUCGCUCUGAGUAGCCCGGCCCUCCAGAGCUACAUCUCAGCCUCGAGCUACUUGGUCACACCCAGUAUUUCCUUGAAUAUCACCGAUGAAGCUGUGCUCUUUGCGAGAUACUUUGGCCUCCAGGAAGUUAAUGAGAUGAUACUACUGUCGGGAUCAGCCCUCACAUCAAUGCCGGUCGAUGAUGUCAGCCAAAGUGAAUUCUUUAGCACUUACUUUCGGCUUGCCGUCGAGAAUCUAGACACACUCGUGAGCUCAUUCAGCACGCUCAAGUAUACCCUGUUAUUUCCUCAGUUUCACUCGGAUACCAUCGGAGCCGGAUUCAAGCUAUUUUUUAUCGGCGGUGGUCACGUCAUCGUCCUAUACAUUCUGCUUAUCUACUUUGAUCUAAGGGUCUAUCAAAUACGGUCCCAACAGAUGAGGAUAUUGAGGCUCUUGACGCGUAUUCCGCACUAUUCGAUCAACGAAAUCUUGAGCGUAAUACGGCGCGGCUCCGACGACGGAUUCAACGUGAUAGACAAGAUGGGCACCGGAUAUAUGACCUCCGUGAGGCGCUUUCGGAUGAAGCGCUUUCGCAUCAACGCUCUGUUGUAUUUCGUCGUGAUAUUGACACUCACAGUGACCUACGGAACUCUCUGCUACCUGUUUAUCAAAAAAAUUGGACAGCAGACAAGCCUCGUGGAUGAAAUUGGUCGGAUGCUCACCUCCAAUGGACGAAUGACGGUGGCAUCCUUGGACAUUAUCAACAACCAAAUGUUCAUCUCGGAUACAUCAUUUUCUCUCAAUAGCAUCAAGCAGGAAUACACAACUUCGAUCAAUGGGCUCAUCAAUGACUAUACAGACAUUAUGAAUGGCGAUCCAACAUACCAGCCGGCAACAACGUCAUUUCAGUCGCUCCAGCCCGACGUGUUUGCUUUUGCAAACAGCACCAACUGUCUACCGCUGAACACCACCCUGUGUCAAGCCAAUAUAACAAUCCAACUCAGCAGCUCCACGAUCGUCCCAGGACAGUACACGUUGCUACAGCUUCAAGACUUUGUAAUUCAGCUCUAUUCAGCAGAAGCAAGUUCUAUCGGCUCCAUGUCAAACGGAGCAGCCCCGGCCGAUGUGGUUUCUGAUCUCAUGGCUGGCAACUCUAUUUCAAGCCUCUUCCUGAGCGGAGGCUGGACCCAGUGCAAGACCACUGCCUACAAUGCCGGCCUCCAAUCCGUUCAAUACUAUUCAACCGUCAACUUGGUUAUUUUCUCAGCCGAGCUCUUUUUGAUUCUCGUGGCGCAACUUCUUUUGUUCAAUCGCAUCAUAAGCCAAUUGGAGAUUGUCAGUCAGUCCACAAAUGAGCUACUUAUAAGGCUGCCUUCUGGGGUUAAAUCGCUGCCAGAAAUCCUGGCCUUUAUCCGGCGCGAGUUUCUGUCAUCACCAAGUACAAGUAUCCAUAAUGUAUUGACUUACCGGUUUCUCAAGUCAUGGAUAGCAACUACUGAAGGUAGCGUCGACGAAGUUACGCCGCAAAACUCAGCAACCCCAAGCACCAGCUCAGAUCCAGAAAUGGGAUUGAAGCAGAAAAGUCAAUUGAUUCAGAGAGAUCAUCCAAAGAGCACCAUUUUCCUUAGUCCACUUGAGAGAAGCCUGAUGGGCGUUUUAAGUUCACCGCAAUAUUCUCCAUCAGAGUCCCUGACCGGUGGGGCAUUCUUGGCGCCAAUCGAGCAGCGUCAUGAAGCACUUGGGCUGGAGGGCUCUGGACCACUCAGGCUUAAACCCGAUGCAGCCGCCCCUGCCUGGAUUCCGACAAUCCGGGUUGAAGCUCUGCCAAGUGAAGGGUACCCAACUGUCCAAGAGUCAGAUCUUCCCGAGCCCAUCCACAUCUCCGAGCCGGUCGCGACGGAGGUCGAGGUCGAGCAGCGUAAUGAAGAGACCGAGGAUUCAAUUUCACCUCUUCCUCCACCGGAGCUGCCUAUCCCACGACCUCGGGGCCGCGGUCGAGUGGAAGACAAGUCCAAGCGGGACACCAUCUCGUUUGGUGACGGUUUCAACCCGAUGGCAUACGGGCCACCGGCCUCGAUCGGGGUCAGCGAGGAUUUUGGUUCUUAUCUCGAGGAGAAAGUCAAGGGCGACACACUUGCUCAGACAAGGUCCAACUCUGUACUGAUGAAUCAAGACCUCAAAGAUUCAAUUUCACCUCUUCCUCCACCGGAGCUGCCUAUCCCACGACCUCGGGGCCGCGGUCGGGUGGAAGACAAGUCCAAGCGGGACACCAUCUCGUUUGGUGACGGUUUCAACCCGAUGGCAUAUGGGCCACCGGCCUCGAUCGGGGUCAGCGAGGAUUUUGGCUCAUAUCUCGAGGAGAAAGUCAAAGGCUCUCCAAGCUCCAACAGGUCCCAGUCGCCCAAUCAGAGUCGAAUGUGACUCAUGGGUGGUACGGUGGUGUCUCCUGAUUUCCACGUCAUCAGCAUCUCCAACCGACUUCCCGUGUCGGUACCUUGCCAGCAAGUCUGGCACCUGCAUUGUACCAUCUUGCUGACUGAUACCGGAGCUCAAUAGAUGGAUGGUUUCUGGCUGUUCAAGGAAAUGCCAGUGCCGUGAGUUCAUGUGCAACCUUCCACGACGGAUUUGUUGCGGCUGAUUCCUUGUGCCCACAUACUCGACGCCCACAACGGUCUCAUCUAUGCAGCCCGAUCCCGCUUUCGCACCGCAUUGC